ACAUCACACGACCAAUCAGUCGUGGUUUGUGUGACCAACAAUUCGCGAACGUUGCUGUCACCAGCAGCAACACUUCCGGGUUUGAAGAACGAUGCUGUGUCGUGAAACAGUGAUGUUUCUUUUAAAGCAACAAAUGUACCUGUGUUAGUGUAGAGAUUUGAAGUGAUUGAUUUUUUUUGUAUCGUUUUGUUUCAUAAUGGGUUUACUGACGAUACUAAAGAAGCUAAAACAUAAGGAAAGAGAGAUGAGGCUACUGAUGCUUGGCCUGGACAAUGCAGGAAAAACAACAAUACUGAAGAAAUUUAAUGGCGAAGAUAUCAGCACAAUCUCUCCCACGUUAGGAUUCAACAUAAAGACACUAGAGCACAAAGGGUUCAAGUUGAACAUCUGGGAUGUGGGGGGUCAGAAGUCACUGCGGUCGUACUGGAGGAAUUAUUUUGAGAGCACAGAUGGACUGGUGUGGGUGGUGGACAGUGCAGACAGACUGAGACUGGAGGACUGUAGGAAGGAACUCAGUGCACUUUUACUGGAGGAGAGACUUGCAGGAGCUACACUCCUAGUGUUUGCCAACAAACAGGAUUUGCCUGGUGCUUUAUCUAAGGAUGCCAUCAGAGAGACGUUGGCUCUGGAUGAGAUUAAGACACAUCACUGGUGUAUAGUUGGCUGCAGUGCAGUGACUGGAGCGAACCUCCUGACAGGUGUAGACUGGCUCUUGGAUGACAUUGCAGCUCGGAUUUUUACAGCAGACUGAAAGCAGCCCCCGUUCACUAUUGCAUGUUAAUAGAUUUCUUUCUGAUUAACAGUGCAACCCCUUUGUGUACUUUAGCCUCAUGUCUCUAACCCACAUGAAGUUGAGCAUUGAUCACAUUCAGAAAUCGAGUUUUCAAAUUGUGCUUUUCAGUAGUUGUUGAAAUAUUCAUGUUUACAGCAGUUAAUGCUUAAACUGUUGCAGAAGUACAAUGUUUGCUGCUCAUGCUUUCAGAAGUGUACUUGUUUAUCAUUUCAAAAUAAAUUUUUGAAGACUC